ACAGCGGGACCUCUCAGCUCAGUCUCUCUUUCUCUCGCAGAGCCGCUUCUCUUGCCCAUCUCUGGCUCUCAGCACAGAGUCUGGAUUCAGCCCCGGCUCUCCGCCCGCCUGCUGCCUGGACUCGGAUGCUUUCUUCUCCCUGGCCACGGAGGAGGACGAUGGACCACCCAAGCGACUGAAUCUCCUCCCAGGGUGCUGCCCGUGGCCCUCGCAUUCCUUUGGAUGAGCAGGUGGAGCAGCUGCCCUGGCUGCCUACCGCCUCCUGAAUCAGACGCCUUGCUCCCUGGAAAAAUCUGGAUGUGCAAGGAGAACCCUUAUCAGCCAAUGCGGCUCCCUGAGCCCCAGGAGUCUUCCUAACCAGCUCCUGGGGGCGAGUUGGAAUGGCUGUGCACAUCUCCGUGAAUCCCGUGUGCUGGGGCUGUCAAGAUGAAAUUAUAUGGAGAGGCUUAUUUGAAACCUUAUCGUAGGUGGAACACGUCAUCGCUGGCCUCCACCCGUGAAGGUCCUCUGUAGGGAGAAAUGUGCUGACAUGGAAAAGAUCAUCAAGUAGCCUUCCAUGAAGGCAUUUUGAAAGGCACCCGGGCUGAAGGACAGUGUCAUGGUUGCUUUGGAGUCUUCGUAAGGAAUUCUUGUUGGAUGGUCACCAUUUCCCUGGACAGCAUCCCCCCUUGUGGAAAUCAGGCUGCAGGAUUAAAGGAUCCUUGCCCCCUGGCGAUGGGCACCCAACACGUCCGCCAUGUUUUUUCCUAACCUUGGGCUUCUCCAAGAGCCGUGAGUGAGGUGGCCUCUCCUGGGUGGCCUCUCCUGGGUCCUUGACCCCCCCCCCCAAUCCCUCUCUCCCCAACUGGCGUCCCGUCGGCACACUCUCUCCCUGGACUCCUGUCCCUUGGACACCCUGCGGAUGUGCCUGUGAGCCAUGUCGAGGCCCAAGGGAUUGUUAUGGCUCCCGUUGUUCUUCACCCCGGUCUGCGUCAUGCUCAACUCCAACGUCCUGCUGUGGAUCACCGCCCUCGCCAUCAAGUUCACGCUCAUCGACAGCCAAGCCCAGUACCCCGUCGUCAACACCAACUACGGCAAAAUCCGGGGGCUAAGAACACCAUUGCCCAAUGAGAUUUUGGGUCCCGUGGAGCAAUACUUGGGGGUCCCCUAUGCCUCACCUCCUACCGGGGAGAGGCGGUUCCAGCCCCCAGAACCCCCUUCCUCCUGGACCGGUGUCCGGAAUGCCACCCAGUUUGCCGCCGUGUGCCCUCAACACCUGGAUGAGAGGUCUCUCCUGCAUGACAUGCUCCCAAUAUGGUUUACAGCCAAUCUGGAUACUUUGAUGACUUACGUCCAAGACCAAAAUGAAGAUUGCCUCUACUUGAACAUCUACGUGCCCACAGAAGACGGAGCCAACACAAAGAAAAUCGCAGACGAUAUCACCAGUAAUGAUCGUGGUGACGAUGAAGAUAUCCACGACCAGAGCAGCAAGAAGCCGGUCAUGGUCUACAUCCACGGCGGCUCCUACAUGGAGGGCACGGGCAACAUGAUCGACGGCAGCAUCCUGGCCAGCUACGGGAAUGUCAUCGUCAUCACCAUCAACUACCGCCUGGGCAUCCUGGGCUUCCUGAGCACGGGGGACCAGGCAGCCAAGGGCAACUACGGGCUCCUGGACCAGAUCCAGGCCCUGCGGUGGAUCGAGGAGAAUGUGGGAGCCUUCGGAGGGGAUCCCAAGAGAGUGACCAUCUUCGGCUCAGGGGCCGGAGCUUCCUGCGUGAGCCUCCUGACCUUGUCUCACUACUCGGAAGGUCUGUUCCAGAAGGCCAUCAUCCAGAGCGGCACGGCGCUGUCCAGCUGGGCCGUCAACUACCAGCCGGCCAAGUACACGCGCCUCCUGGCCGACAAGGUGGGCUGCAACAUGCUGGACACGACGGACCUGGUGGAGUGCCUGCGCAACAAGAACCACAAGGAGCUCAUCCAGCAGGCCAUCACGCCGGCCACCUACCACAUCGCCUUCGGCCCCGUCAUCGACGGCGACGUGAUCCCGGACGACCCCCAGAUCCUCAUGGAGCAGGGCGAGUUCCUCAACUACGACAUCAUGCUGGGCGUCAACCAGGGCGAGGGCCUCAAGUUCGUGGACGGCAUCGUGGACAACGAGGACGGGGUGACCCCCAACGACUUCGACUUCUCCGUGUCCAACUUCGUCGACAACCUGUACGGCUACCCCGAGGGCAAGGACACGCUGCGCGAGACCAUCAAGUUCAUGUACACCGACUGGGCCGACAAGGAGAACCCCGAGACGCGCAGGAAGACCCUGGUGGCCCUCUUCACCGACCACCAGUGGGUGGCCCCCGCCGUGGCCACCGCCGACCUGCACGCGCAGUACGGCUCGCCCACCUACUUCUACGCCUUCUACCACCACUGCCAGAGCGAGAUGAAGCCCAGCUGGGCCGACUCGGCCCACGGCGACGAGGUCCCCUACGUCUUCGGGAUCCCCAUGAUCGGGCCCACGGAGCUCUUCAGCUGCAACUUCUCCAAGAACGACGUCAUGCUGAGCGCCGUGGUCAUGACCUACUGGACCAACUUCGCCAAAACCGGGGAUCCGAACCAGCCCGUGCCCCAGGACACCAAGUUCAUCCACACGAAGCCCAACCGCUUCGAGGAGGUGGCCUGGUCCAAGUACAACCCCAAGGACCAGCUGUACCUGCACAUCGGCCUCAAGCCCCGGGUGAGGGAUCAUUACCGGGCCACCAAGGUGGCCUUCUGGCUGGAGCUGGUCCCCCACUUGCACAACUUGAACGAGAUCUUCCAGUACGUGUCCACCACCACCAAAGUCCCUCCCCCGGACAUGACCUCGUUCCCCUACGGCACCCGCAGGUCCCCGGCCAAGAUCUGGCCCACCACCAAGCGCCCGGCCAUCACGCCGGCCAACAGCCCCAAGCACAGCAAGGACUCGCACAAGACGGGGCCCGAGGACACCACGGUCCUCAUCGAGACCAAGCGCGACUACUCCACCGAGCUGAGCGUCACCAUCGCCGUGGGGGCCUCGCUGCUCUUCCUCAACAUCCUGGCCUUCGCCGCCCUCUACUACAAGAAGGACAAAAGGCGGCACGAGACGCACCGGCGGCCCAGCCCGCAGCGCAACGCCGCCAACGACAUCGCGCACAUCCAGAACGAGGAGAUCCUGUCGCUGCAGAUGAAGCAGCUCGACCACGACCACGAGUGCGAGUCCCUGCAGGCGCACGACACGCUGCGGCUCACCUGCCCGCCCGACUACACGCUCACCCUGCGCCGGUCCCCGGACGACAUCCCACUCAUGACGCCCAACACCAUCACCAUGAUCCCCAACACGCUGACGGGCAUGCAGCCGCUGCACACCUUCAACACCUUCAGCGGGGGGCAGAACAGUACCAACCUGCCCCACGGACACUCCACCACCCGCGUAUAGCUGCGCGGUCCCCUCCCCCACCCUCGGUCCGGUCCCCUGUCCCCUCCAGCCAGAGAGGGUCCCCCCCCCCUCCCCGGGGAGAAACAGAACCCAGCGCCCCCCAUCUCCCACCCAGGA